UCAGUUCAUUUCUGACGAUCGUGUCGUUUGGUUGAUUUGAGUAAAUUUACGGAAGUGUGGCCGAACGUGUUGUUGCAUAGCGAAUGCAUUUGCGGUCGAAAACGCACAAGUAACGGAACAAUAAAUGUUUUCAAUGUUGUGCAAGAAGUGUUCGUGUAUAUAGAUUUUGAAACAAUAAACUUACGAACUUUUGUGUAACAAUGACAAAUACUGUGUAACUAUGUAUAUUAAAUGGUAAAAUGUGAACUACUAAUUGAUUGGGGCAAAAUUGAUUUUCGGCUCAACUCGCGCAAAAUUCUCGUUACAAUCAACCCUGACUACACUCCGUUGGUCCGGUUUUGUUUGGGACAGCCUGGUUAUUUUCGUAUACACGCGUCGCUGCCAUUGUCGUCAUUUCGUUACGAAUCGUUUUCAACAAUUUAUUUUCCAUAAGUAAAUUUGCUAUGCUUUGUUAAAAUUAGUGAAAAAAACAAAAACAAAACAUAAAUAGCGWGCAAAAAAUCCAAAAGGAACAUAGAAAACGCUAAACAAUAUAAAAUAAUAAAAACAACAAUGAAGAAUUAACCAAGAGGCGCAAAGUCAAAGUGCCGGAGUAAAACAGCCCAAAGAGGCUGAGAGAAUCAUUGUUAGCGGCGAAAAAGCAACAAUAACAACAACAGUAAAUAUGUGCACGCGUAUGAGGAAAGCCAGCAAAGCAUAAAAGGUAAUAAUAAAUAGUGAAAACGCUAAUAUUGUUCGAGUUAGAAGUGGAAAAGCGACGUAAAAGUAAAAAAGGAAAUCCGAAUUUUACGCAGACAGACAAAUAUUAGUGUGUUUGAUGUAAUAUAGCUUUUGAAAAAAAUCGUAAACAUUUACUUGUUGUUAUUGCUUUCGUUGUCUGUGUUAAUGUUAAAAAUGUGGCGGCAAUGCGUUGGCAGGUGAUCGAUGAUGUUGACGGCGUCAGCGUAGGCACUGGGGCAGACGGUAAACGGCGCAAGCUGCACCUAAAAAGAAUGCAAACAGCACGUUUAAUUUUCAAGAACAUAAAAAAUAAUAAUUGUGUUACUAUAAAGUAAUAAAAAACAGUAUCGACGCUUUCCUGUACAAUACUUUACAUAAAGAAAUUACUAAAAAACAAAAUAAAAAAAAAUUUUAAAAGUAACGAAUAAUCAGCGAAAUCAUAAAAAAAAUAAAUCGUGUACUGCAACAAUUUUUUGUGCUCAAAGUUUGUUGUCAAGUUGUGCUAUUGUUUACUAUUCACUUUCCAAAUAUUUUGGUUCUGUGAUAACUGUGUGCCAAAUUUAUUAAAAUUUUACUAUUUUUGUUUCAUACAAAAAUAUUCUUGAAAUUUUAACUUUUUUCUUACAACUUUUGGAUAAUUCGAAUAACUGCUGAAAACCCCAAAGAUCUGCAAAUUUCUACUUAAUUUAUCAAACGCAAAUGCCGCAAAGUAAUUAAACUUUCAACAAUGACAAAAUGGAAUUGGAAAUGUUAUCCUUCAUUUGUCGCCCAGCGUUGAUUUGACAACGUGCUGCGCCUGCGGUUUGAGCGUUCGUACGUAUAGCGCGCGUCUCCAGCGUUGCUACAGCUACUUACUUUGCCACACAUUUGAGUUGUCUACUGUUUUCAGUCAGCUGUAAGCUGUCAACUGUCAUAGACAGCUGAAAGUUUUCAACAAGCGCAACUAAUCGUUGACAUUUUUGUUGGACACAGCGUCGCUUUGGAGCGACUUACUCGUUUGCGCAUAAGUUUCGUGCAACAUAUUUAAAUAAUAAACUUACAAACAUACAUAUAAAUACCUACAGACGUCAUGUUACGCACAACGGCACACAGCACGAAGACGACGCGGCGGCAUCCGCUGGCGUUAUGCAACUCUGUCUUUGCGCUCAGCAUCGUGCUGCUGCUACACACACAUAACUGUCAUGCGGACGGCAUGCAACAUCUCGCGGAUAGCGGUGGUGGCGUUGGCAUGGGCGGUAUGGGUCCGCACUCCAUGGAUGUCAGUCCCGCGCCGGGUUAUGGCCUACCCGCCAUACCAAAAGAUCCGAAUUCACGCUGCGAAGAGAUCACUAUACCAAUGUGUCGCGGCAUUGGUUACAAUAUGACUUCCUUUCCAAAUGAAAUGAAUCACGAAACACAGGAUGAAGCCGGUUUGGAAGUGCAUCAGUUUUGGCCACUCGUUGAAAUCAAAUGUUCGCCAGAUUUGAAAUUCUUCCUUUGUUCUAUGUACACGCCUAUCUGUUUGGAGGACUAUCACAAACCGUUGCCGGUUUGUCGUUCGGUUUGUGAGCGCGCACGUGCCGGUUGUGCGCCCAUCAUGCAGCAGUAUAGUUUCCAGUGGCCAGAGCGUAUGGCUUGCGAGCACUUGCCGUUGCAUGGCGAUCCGGAGAAUUUGUGCAUGGAGCAGCCGUCGUAUACAGAGUCGGGCAGCGGCGGUUCGGGCCGUGAUGGCACGUCUGGCAGCGGCUCGGGCGGCAGUGGUGGUAGUGGUGGCAGCGGCAGUGGUGGUGGUGGUGGUAAACGUAAGCAGUCUGGUUCCGGUGGCUCGACUUCACAGAAAUGCAAAGGCAAAAAUUCAAAAAACUGCCAAAAUUCCCUAGGAGAAAGAACAAACACAAAGGAUUGCACGUGCUCGUGUCGCCCGCCACUCCUACUCCUGGGGAAGGAAGCGCUGAUGCAGCCACCACACAUGCAUUACCCGUGGUACAUGAAUUCAACUGUACAAAGAAUCGCCGACGUACCAAAUUGCGCGAUCCCCUGCAAGGGUCCGUUCUUCACAAACGACGAAAAGGACUUCGCCGGAAUAUGGAUCGCCCUGUGGUCGGGUCUGUGCUUCUGCAGCACACUCAUGACACUAACCACGUUCAUCAUCGACACCGAAAGGUUUAAAUAUCCGGAACGUCCGAUCGUUUUUCUCUCCGCUUGCUACUUUAUGGUAGCUGUUGGUUAUCUAUCAAAGAACUUUUUGCAGAAUGAAGAGAUCGCUUGCGAUGGUCGUUAUUUGAAAGAGAGCUCCGCAGGACCACACUCAUGCACUAUGGUAUUUCUACUGACAUAUUUCUUCGGCAUGGCUUCGUCGAUUUGGUGGGUAGUGCUCAGCUUCACUUGGUUCCUGGCCGCUGGUCUUAAAUGGGGCAAUGAAGCCAUCACCAAACACUCGCAGUAUUUUCAUUUAGCCGCCUGGCUCAUACCCACAGUGCAAUCGGUAGCCGUAUUGCUGCUCUCGGCUGUCGAUGGUGAUCCCAUUCUCGGCAUUUGCUAUGUUGGCAAUCUUAAUCCGGAUCAUCUGAAGACAUUCGUGCUGGCACCGCUCUUUGUAUACCUCGUCAUCGGCACCACUUUCCUAAUGGCGGGCUUUGUUUCACUUUUCCGCAUACGUUCCGUUAUCAAACAGCAAGGCGGUGUUGGCGCUGGCGUUAAGGCGGACAAAUUGGAAAAACUAAUGAUACGUAUUGGCAUCUUUUCCGUCCUCUACACCGUCCCUGCAACCAUCGUAAUCGGAUGCUACCUGUAUGAGGCCGCCUACUUCGAAGACUGGAUCAAAGCGCUCGCCUGCCCAUGUGCACAGACAAAAGGUCCUGGCAAGAAACCAUUGUACUCAGUACUAAUGCUGAAAUACUUUAUGGCCUUGGCAGUUGGUAUUACAUCGGGCGUUUGGAUCUGGUCCGGUAAGACGUUGGAGAGUUGGCGUCGCUUUUGGCGUCGUCUCUUCGGCGCACCGGAUCGCACUGGCGCUAAUCAGGCGCUCAUUAAACCGCGACCGCCCAUACCGCAUCCGUAUGCUGGCUCCGGCAUGGGUAUGCCAGUGGGUUCGGCAGCCGGUUCGCUACUCGCCACACCAUAUACACAAGCGGGUGGCGCAUCGGUUGCCUCCACCAGCCAUCACCAUUUGCACCACCAUGUUCUUAAACAACCGGCAGCAAGCCACGUAUGACAUGGAGAGUCAGGCGGAGCUUCA